AUGGUGAUACUCCUCACAAUAUCUUCUUAUAUAACACCCCAGACUUCAUCAUUUCUUCCAACAAAAGGCGUGGAUAAUGUGGACAUAAAGAGCUUAGAUGACCUAAGAAGAAAGAAAUUGAAGGUAGGCUAUAGACAAGGUGCUUUUGUGAAACCAUUCUUGACUAGCAAAGUUGGUGUUUUGGAAUCACAAUUGGUGGAAUUAAGGACGGAAGUAGAUAUACUUGACAAGUUUCAAAAAGGAGGUCAAGAAGAUGGUAUUGAUGCUCUUGUAGCUGGUACACAUCAUCUGGUGCUUUUCAAAGAAAAAUAUUGCGAGAAUUUUACCAUUGUACAAGAUGUCACCUUCAAAUCUUCAGGACUUGGCUUUGAAGAGAAGUUAACCGAACAUCUUAUCUUAUCUGAUCUUAUCUUAGAAGAUCUUAGAUAA